UUCAAGGCCAACAUCCUCAGAGGCACAUUUUAAAAGCAGUAACAUUCCAUUUUAUAGUAUAAACACGCAGGGCUGUGCCUAAAUUGUCAAAAUCAAUCAGUCCGUCGUUUUGAAAAAUAUACGAAUGUCUUGUGGCAAGGCGUUCGUCCUAUUUUCGUUCCUGACUUACUGGGCUAGCCUUAUUAAUAGUGAUAAAAUCGAUCAGAUUGAUGUGAACAUAGAUUCAAACCUCGUCUUCAAAGGCAAAGACAAAACACUGUUUGGUUACAGUCUCACUCUACACACAGGACAAUAUUUUGGGGACAAACCGUCGAUAUUUGUUGGUGCACCAAAAGGAGAUGGUCUUUCAAAAGGUGCAGGAAGUCUACACCAAUGUGUUAUUGAGUCAAAAACCUGCAACACCGAGAAACUUGAUAAUCCAACGGUCAAUCUAGAUUAUGACAUUAGAGAAAACCAAUGGCUAGGAGCCACUGUGACUUCCAAUGGCUUUGGCCCUAUAGUUGUUUGUGCACCAAGAUAUAGUGAAAAGGAUUCUGCGGCGAAAGACUUUUAUUAUAUGAUAGGAAAAUGUUUCAGAUAUGAAACGCCCAGACAUUUAUACGAAUUGUAUCCAUGCACUAGGCAACGGAGUGGUUACGACCAAUUGUCGAGACAUGAACAUGGAUUUUGUCAAGCUGGAUUUUCAGCAGCAUUUAAAGAAAAUUCGAAGUCCACGCUGAUGGGUGCUGUCAUGGGGUUUGAUCAGCGAGGUAUGGCUGUUCAGCAACAAUCUGGUGAUGCUGGAACAAAGCAGUUUUCUAUAACAAAUAAUGGUGACUUUCGUGGAUUUUAUCUUGGCUAUUCAGUCACCUAUGGAAAUUUUUUUAAAUUAUCUCGUAGCGAAGAAGCCGUUGCUGCCGGAGCUCCAAGAAUUGAUAUAAGUGGAAGGGUGUAUCUCUACAGCGCAGAUGCAACACUUACAUCACAUGGAUCGCUUGCCCCACCAGAAGAGGACAAACUGAAAAGACAACAUAUGUACUUUGGAGCGUCUGUGUGUGGAGUUGAUGUUAAUAAGGAUGGAUAUGCAGAUCUGAUUGUCGGUGCUCCAUUCUUUAGCGAGAAUGGGGACGAAGGACGUGCCUAUGUAUUCCUCAGUACCAAAGAUAAAUCAGGACCCCGGUCGUUAAAAUUGUCAUCUAACACGGGAUUACGUGGCAGUAAUAAUAAAGGAGCUAGAUUUGGCUGGUCGAUUGCUAAAGCAGGAGAUCUUAAUAAUGAUGACAUCGAAGAUUUUAUAAUUGGAGCACCACAAGAUCAACCAGAUUUGGAUAAUGAUGGUUUUGGAAAUGGGGCAAUUUACAUUUAUUAUGGAAGAGAAGAUGGGAAAUUCAGAGAUUAUCAACAGAGAAUAACUGCGGAGACGGUGAGGAAAUUUUACCCUAAUUUCCGACAAUUCGGGUAUGCUAUAGCAGGAAAUGUCGACACGAACGGUGAUCAAUAUCCAGAUAUUGCUAUCGGUGCCUGGGAUAGCGACAGGGUUAUGCUGCUAAGGACUCGGCCGAUAAUAAAUGUCAUGGCGACUUUGACGCUGAGCAAAAAACAAAUUCCGGUGGACAAUUUUACUGCAGACUGUCCAAAUGAUCCAAACAAACAAUGCUUGGACGCGGAAGUAUGCUUUUCAUAUCUCGGCAAGAGUGUUACUGGAAACCAUACGAUAAGAUACACGUUUGAUUUGGAUGAAGAAUUGGUGGUAAAGCGAGUAUAUCUUUAUGAUGGAAAGAAAGUAUAUCAACGUAAAGGAAGUUUGACUCUUUAUGGCAAGAACGUAACUGUGUGCAGGAAUUUCUCUGAGAUCCGUGUGGAGGGUAAAAACAGGUUAUCUGAUGCUCUAAGCAGAGGAAAGACAGAUAUUGUCUUUAAAGUGUCAUAUGAACUGGUCCCACCAGAUAUAUGUCAAACCAAAAGACUCUGUCCGGUUCUUCCUGAAGAAAAGCCAUCCGUGAGUGAAAAGGCGACGCUGGUGUUGAAUUGUUCCGAUAAUACAUGCGACUACGAUCUUAACGUCAAGAUAAGUUCCCCGACAGAAAACAUAACAAUCGGUGAAACGGAGAACAUCAAAAUAAGAAUUGAACUAAAAAACCAAGAUGAGGUCGUGUACAAUCCUGAAAUUUUUAUCACCCAUCACUCAUCACUGCAGUAUGAGAAAAAGAACGUACUUACGACCGGAGUCAGAGUUGAAGAACGUGAAGUCGCUAAUAAUAAUGAUAUUUCAAUAAACACGGAGAAAUUUAUACCUAUAGGACCGCUUAAUAAAAAUGAUAAGGUUGUAUUUGAGCUGCAAUACUCCACUAAAACGGUGUCUGGGGACGAACCUAAAUUAUCCAUUGAUGUGAAAGCAAAAGGAAUUACUGGUAAAGAAAAGAACGAAAAAGACAACAAUGAUACGAUUACAUUUACUGUGAAACGUAAUGUGAACAUGGUUAUUAAAGGCAACUCGGUUCCGAAAUUGGUUAACUAUCCAAAAACCGCACCUUCUUUAAAUAUCAUAAAGGGUAACGAUUAUUCUGCUGUGAAUGUGUCUAAUGUUGGACCAUCUGUUAAAGUUAACUUUGAGCUGACCAAUGAAGGAAAAAGUGACCUGGAAUUAAUUAAUUUUGUUAUCACGUAUCCUGUGAAGAAGUACGAUGCCAAAGAAAACGAAUAUAUUGUGUAUCCAAUCAGUAUCAGGGAAGAAGGCGGACAAUGCACUGAUAAAAAAAGCCAUGAGAAUCCUUUGGGUUUGAAGUUACCCUCAAGUAAUAGACCCACGAGCGAUGAAGUCAGCGGAAGGCAGAAAAGGGCGGUGGUAAAUCUGAAACCUCGUACUUCAACUAGCUCUUCAAUUGAGUGUAAUAUUACUAAUUUGGGAGUUGGUAAACGUUUUACCGUUGCCUUCGAGAUACGUCUCUGGAGUCGAACCCUUGUUGAGUACUAUUCCAAUGAUCUUGUGGUAGAAAUUCUAGCCUCUGCAUCCUAUGAGGACCGUCUAACAAUUCCUGCAAGGACAGUGAAUGAACUUGGGGAGGUUGAAAUUCAAGUUUCUCCAGAGAAUGUUCCGGGAAAAUCCAAAUCAACCCCUGUUUGGAUUAUAAUAGUCGCUGUUCUAGGUGGUGUACUGUUGCUAGCUCUUGCUAUCUUAGCUUUAUUCAAGCUUGGUUUCUUUAAAAGAAAUCGACCACCGCAAGAUAUAUCGUCCCCACAAACUGACGAAGUCCCUGUUGUGGCCACUUAGAAAUUAUUAUUAGCUAACUGAUGAUGAUGGAUUGUUAUAAUGAUGGUGUGAUAAUCCAAAACUAUACAUUCUAAGAUUAGACGUUAAUUUACUAAAUGGUAAAUAGUAGCAUGGAGAUGCAGGUGAAAAUUGCUGUAAACCGGAGAAAAUGUUGAUUGCAAGUGCAGUAUAAUUUUACAGCUUUACCUUUUUAUAAUGUGGUUCAAUAAUGCGUGAAUUUGCGUAUUUAUAAUAUCUAAAAUAGGAGAUUGUUAAUCUUGAUGUUACUUGCGUGCAAGUCGUCAAACCUGGUGAAUUGAGCAAGUCCAACAAGCAUUAAGGUCUCCUCCAUAAUUUCUUGUCACUUUUGUAGUCAUGCAGAAUUAUGCGUUCUCAAAAUUAUAUAUGCUCAUAAUUAUAUGCAUGCUCAAAACUGUGCAUGCUUGAAUUAUAUGCCCGCUCAAAGUAAAAUAUAUAUAUGCUUUAAUGGUAUGCUAGUGAACAAAAAUGUCGUGUAGAAUUACCUCUUUAUAUUUUGUUUUUGUGACUUUUUAUAGUAAACUUUUUGUAGAUGUAAAUAUUA